AUGGCUCGUCAAUUCUUUGUUGGAGGUAAUUUCAAAGCUAACGGAACUAAAGCAUCCGUCAAAUCAAUCAUUGAUAACUUGAACAAGCAAGAUUUACCAAAAGAUGUACAAGUUGUCAUUGCUCCACCAUCAUUGUACCUCGGUUUAGCAGUUGAGGAAAACAAGCAACCAACCGUUGAAGUUGGUGCCCAAAAUGUUUUCAACAAGGGUACUGGUGCUUACACUGGUGAAAUUGCUGCUGAACAAGUUGUUGAUCUCGGGGCUAAAUGGACAUUGACCGGACACUCUGAAAGAAGAACCAUUAUCAAGGAAAGCGACGAAUUUAUUGCUGAAAAGACCAAAUACGCUAUUGACAAUGGCUUAAGCGUUAUCUUGUGUAUUGGUGAAACUUUGGAUGAAAGAAAAAGUGGUGUUACUUUGGAAGUUUGUGCUAGACAAUUGGAUGCUGUAUCCAAGAUCAUCAAGGAUUGGUCCAAAAUUGUUGUUGCUUACGAACCUGUUUGGGCAAUUGGUACUGGUUUAGCUGCUACCCCAGAUGACGCUGAGGAAACUCACAAGGGAAUCAGAGACCACUUAGCCAAGACCAUUGGUCAAGAUCAAGCUGAAAAAGUGCAAAUCUUGUACGGUGGUUCAGUCAAUGGUAAGAAUGCCAAAGAGUUUAGAGAUAAGGCCAACAUUGACGGAUUCUUGGUUGGUGGUGCUUCAUUGAAACCAGAGUUUGUUGACAUUAUCAAGUCUAGAUUAUAG